CCUAGUCUCCGAUUAGCCACAGAGUGGGUUCGAGCUGGAGAUAGGCUUCGUGGCCUGCGAUUUGGUGGGACUAAAUGCAUCGAGCAUGACUGGCUGACUGAUUGAUCGCAGCUUUGCUACCUUUGUCAAAGAUCCCCGAGCUUUGUUCUAUUGAGCAAAGUUGCAGCGAGCUAGCUACCCCCACCCCCCAAUCAUGCUCCCUCUCCGCUCAAUGCAGCAAUCAGUCCCCUCAUUGCCUAAUGUUCUCCGUUAUCUCCUUCGUUUAGCACAUUCCGUUUCUCUCUCUUUGUCUUAUGAGAGACGAGAUUAGAUCGGGUAUUGUGAUGUGAUGAGAUGAGCUGAGAUCGGACCUGGUGAGAUCUCUGGUGGUGGUUUGGUUUUAUGGCAACAAACAGGUUAUAGUUGUCGAUGAUUAUGAUCUGCAGCUAGGGUGGAGAGGAGCGCUCCUGUGAAGGCUUGUUUUCGUUGCUUAGGUCAGGGUUGUGCGAGUUGCCGUGGGAACGAUCACAACGACGUCAAGUAGUUCUGUGUUAUUUUUUGCCGCAAUGUUAUGGCAGAUCAGUUUGUUUGGAUUGAGACGUACUCUCGCGGCCUUCUGAGAGUGGGACCAAUUGAGAACAGGGGGUCAGAAUCAAGUGGCGUGUUAGCAGUUUUUGGUACUGUAUUUUUAGGACUAGGGUAGCGCUGCAGUAUGAUUUGACUUGGUCGAAGCAGGAGAGAGUCUUCAAGGAGACACAUAGCUUCCACAAUUUUGGAGUCAGUUCCUAAAUUCAGAUCUGUUGAACAAAUUCUAGUGAGAAACGCAACCUCAUUGGAAAAAAUUACGGUGACUCUUUCGGCUGAAAUUGGUCACAAUCUUCCAAGUUUGAAUUCGGAUUAGAUAAUCACCUACAGAGUUCAGAGUUAAGACGAUGGAUCGGCAGCAUGAGCCCAGGGCACUGGACUUUGGGAAGCUCAACGAUAUGGAAGCUCAAGAAUAUGACGAGGAGGCAGCUCUCCUUGACUACAUCUCUGCUCGUCAAAAGCAAACCAUUGUGGAAAGUGCUCGUUGGACUGGAUACUCUGAAACCCACCCCAUUAUGCAGGUUUUGGACAUAAUGCGAGAAUCCACAACGAUUCUCCGAAAACACAGCAGUAUUCUUCUUGUCAUGGGAUUAAUUUUCGCAGUCCCACUGUCGAUACUACUCCUUUCAGAUGUACCGCUCCUAUUUCCGGUAAUGGAUGAUUUUGUCAGACUGAUGCAACUCGCUGCGGAGCAAAGGUUCGGCCAAAAGUCGCACCGAACUGGGUACAGGAGACUGGCCGAAAUUGUGAUGUCCAAUGUGGUGGACAUCCCACUCUCGGCGUUAUUCUCCCCACUCCUCAAAGCAGGAGUGGCUUACGUCGUGGCCUCCACCUACAUUCGUAAGAGAGUAACGUUGACGGAAGUUCUAGAAAUCAUGCAAAAAAUUGGGGUUCUCCUGGUGCAGACCUUCCUGUGGACUUGCUCGGUGUAUUUAACCUUCAGCUCCAUGUUUGCCGCACUGUUGUGGCUUGCUUCAAGGAUCAGCAAAGCCUCCACCAUCUUCACCAACGCGAGUCUCUUGGCAGUUGUCUUCGUUGGACUGACUCUGGUUGUGGGAUUAGCAUUUGUGAAUGUCAUGUGUAAUCUUGCCUAUGUUGUGACUAUUCUAGAAGGAGCUCAUGCGAGACAAGCUCUUGUGCAAAGCAUUCGACUUCUCAAAGGAAAGUUCCAGGUGUCGCUGCUACUCUUUCUGAUCACUAAUGUAAACGCCGCUCUGCUAGACAUCCUGUUUGAGUUUCACAUUAUUCAGAACGCUGAUGCAUCACUCGGGCACGAGAAGUAUUGGGAGGCGCCAUUGCUCGUAAGCAUGCACUCGUUUGUACACCUCUUCGACGCCAUUAUGGUUUGCGUCUUGUAUUACAUAUGCAAGGGGUCUGAAAUAGAGAGUGGGGGGCUUCACUGUGUUCCAGAUCAUCAUUCUAGACCUAAUGAUCUGACAGAGGCGAGGUCACCCGUCACAGUUAGAUCACCCUUCGCAGUUCGCUGAGCCGAUCCUGCACAUAUAUUUGUACAUUUCUCUGUAACUGGUCAAUUUGACAUCAAUUGGGUUGCGCACGCGGAAACAACCCGCACCCUAUUUCCCACUCCUUUUCUGCCA